GUCAUAGGUCACAGGGCGGGCUAGGGCGGGGCCCGCGGCGCUGACGGGGCGGAGCGGCGACGGCCCCGGAGUCGAGGCUGCGAUGGCGACGGCGGCGGGCACGGUGGUCCCGGCGGACGGCGCGUCCUCGGUGCACUGGUUCCGCAAGGGGCUGCGGCUCCACGACAACCCCGCGCUGCUGGCGGCCGUGCGCGGGGCGCGCUGCGUGCGCUGCGUUUACAUCCUCGACCCCUGGUUCGCGGCCUCGUCCUCGGUCGGCAUCAACCGCUGGAGGUUUCUGCUUCAGUCUCUGGAAGAUUUGGACACAAGUUUAAGAAAACUGAACUCGCGCCUAUUUGUCGUCCGGGGACAGCCGGCCGAUGUGUUCCCCAGGCUGUUCAAGGAAUGGGGGGUGACCCGCUUGACCUUUGAAUAUGAUUCUGAACCCUUUGGGAAGGAACGGGAUACAGCCAUCAUGAAGAUGGCCAAGGAGGCUGGUGUGGAGGUGGUGACUGAGAACUCGCACACUCUCUAUGACCUGGACAGGAUCAUCGAGCUGAAUGGGCAGAAGCCGCCCCUCACCUAUAAGCGCUUCCAGGCCAUCAUCAGCCGCAUGGAGCUGCCCAAGAAGCCCGUGGGCUCUGUGACCAGCCAGCAGAUGGAGGGCUGUAGGGCCGAGAUCCAGGAGAACCACGACGAGACCUACGGCGUGCCCUCCCUGGAGGAGCUGGGGUUCCCCACGGAGGGACUGGGCCCAGCUGUUUGGCAGGGAGGAGAAACAGAAGCGCUGGCCCGCCUGGAUAAACACUUGGAACGGAAGGCCUGGGUUGCCAACUAUGAGAGACCACGAAUGAAUGCCAACUCCCUGCUGGCCAGCCCCACAGGCCUCAGCCCCUACCUGCGCUUCGGUUGCCUCUCCUGCCGCCUCUUCUACUACCGCCUGUGGGACCUGUACAAAAAGGUGAAGCGGAACAGCACGCCCCCCCUCUCCCUGUUUGGGCAACUUCUGUGGCGAGAGUUUUUCUACACGGCAGCUACCAACAACCCCAGGUUUGAUCGCAUGGAGGGGAACCCCAUCUGUAUCCAGAUCCCCUGGGACCGCAACCCCGAGGCCCUGGCCAAGUGGGCCGAGGGCAAGACAGGCUUCCCUUGGAUUGACGCCAUCAUGACCCAGCUGAGGCAGGAGGGCUGGAUCCACCACCUGGCUCGGCACGCUGUGGCCUGCUUCCUCACCCGCGGGGACCUCUGGGUCAGCUGGGAGAGCGGGGUCCGGGUAUUCGAUGAGCUGCUCCUGGACGCAGAUUUCAGUGUGAAUGCGGGCAGCUGGAUGUGGCUGUCCUGCAGCGCCUUCUUCCAGCAGUUCUUCCACUGCUACUGCCCUGUGGGCUUCGGCCGCCGCACGGACCCCAGUGGAGACUACGUCAGGAGGUACCUGCCCAAAUUGAAAGGGUUCCCCUCUCGGUACAUCUAUGAGCCCUGGAAUGCCCCAGAGUCAAUUCAGAAGGCAGCCAAGUGCAUCAUCGGCGUGGACUACCCACGGCCCAUCGUCAACCAUGCUGAGACCAGCCGGCUCAACAUUGAGCGAAUGAAGCAGAUUUACCAGCAGCUGUCCCGCUACCGGGGACUGUGUCUCCUGGCAUCUGUCCCCGCCUGUGUUGAAGACCUCAGCAACCCGGUGGCAGAGCCCAGCUCGAGCCAGGCUGGGAGCGCAGGCAAUGCAGGCCCGCGGCCACUCCCCAGCGGCGCAGCGUCCCCCAAGCGCAAGCUGGAAGCAGCUGAGGAGCCCCCUGGUGAAGAACUCAGCAAACGGGCCAGGGUGGCGGGGUUGCCCACCCCAGAGGCGCCUAGCAAGGACGUCUGAGACUGCAGCACCAUGGCUCCGUGAGCAAAGCUGGCACACCCAAGCAGCAGCCAUGCCGCAGAGUGCAACCUGCCGAAAAGCUGAUCCUGACAGAGCAAGCAGACCUGUGUGCGCGUGUGCGGGAGUGCAGGGCCUGACCUCGUGUGCGUGCUUCUGUUUACACUGUGACUCCGGACGCCACCAGGGCUGGAGGAGCGCCUGCAGCACCUUCCCCUCCUCCUCCAGACACCAGACUGGAGGUUAUGGCGGUGCCUUCCAGCUCCACCUGUCCCUGCAAGCCAGCUGCCUGGCCACCUCAGGAAUGGUAGGAUCCUCCUGGGGUUCUGGCAUCUUCCCCUCCCUCCCAACAUCUCUUCCUUCCCUCCUUACAUCAGACUGAGGAGCAGGGAGGCGCCAUUUUGGACUCUCGUCUGGAACGUGAGAUUCUAGAGGCAGGCAGAGCCCUGCUGAGUUCCCCCUUACGACCCUGAGACUAGGCAGGCCGGAGUGGACGACGCUGUCCAGACACAGUCACCUGGCCUGGCUUCUUUCUUAAAGUUCCCUGCCACCGGUUCCGCCAGCUCCUUCCUCGGGUGUCUGGGGCUGAGCACAAGGUUUCCACCACCCUACAAAAUACCCAGGUACCUAUUGGCAUGUUGUGUGUACGGUGCUAAGCUGACAGCCCAGGCGGCAUGUCCUCCUUUGGGGACUGAAAACCUAAGGUCAGGAAUAGAAUCCCAGCCCCCACUCUCCCUUCCCCAGAAGCUGUGAGCCAGCAUCAGAGCUGACUGGGGGUGCGGAGGGGGCAAGUUCUUGGUGGUUUCACCCCGGGCCCUCUUGGCCACACUCUAGGGCAGCUGACACCCAACCACGGGAACCAUUCUAGUCCAUGUUCUGGAGGCUUCCAGGACCAGCCCUGGACUGUUUAGUGCAAGCCAUGUUACUCUCCCAGUGGCAAGUGGACUCAGAUGGACACUGCCAGGGACACUUGGGGAAGGUCCCAGCACACCAGUGUUUCCAGAAGCAGCAGGUGGGAGGUUUGCCCCAGAGAAGCCAAGGAAUGCAAACACAGGAGGCCUUGCAUUCCAGGCGUGACCUAUGCCUCCCGCCUCUCCCGCCCACAGUCGAAGGCCUGUGUUGAGAAAGACAUAACGAGCAUAAGAGCUGUGUGAUCAGCAGGCAAGUCUUCCUUCCACCCUGUGGCCUGCACUUGAGCCACAAAGUGUGCGUGCGUGCGUGUGUGUGUGUGUGUGUGUACAGGUGCACGUGUAGCUGAGAGACUAACUCCUCUUAGAAUUGCGUCCUCACAUGUACCACGAGCUGGCCUUCGGGCCUCUUCCUCUCUACCUCCCCUGUGAUCUCUCCUAGCCCCACAGCUGUUGACUCCCUUCGCCCCAGCCCUGUCCCAGCUGCCCUUUGUCCUGGCACCAGGGCCCCGGGGCAGACCCCGUCUCCUAGGCUGCCCAGCACAUGGACAGGCUUCUUCCUGAGAUGCCCGCGGGGUCCCACGGCCUGGAGCCGCCUAAUGUUCGAGUCCAGCUGUGUACAUGGACUCUCACCGGAGACGCCCUCGGUCACGGGGGGAGGGGGGGCGGGGGGAUGAUAGGGCACAGGUGACGGUGUGUGCUCGCGGCAUCGGGGCAGGGCUUCCCAGCCCCUUUAACCCCCAUCAGCAGGGAGGCGCGUCGGGGCUGUGCACACAAGGGGAGCCAGCCUGGAAGAGCUGGUCUGAGGAACUGCGAAGCCUGGAGCACAGGGCCAGAGUCGAUGUGUCGCCAGCAGCACCUGCGAAUCCGGGCUGGUGCCCUCUCCCUGCCCGUUGGUGAGGGCUCUCCCCUGAGGUGCAGCCUGGGCGGCAUCUCCCCCAGCUUCUCCACCACCCGUGACAUACCGGCCCAGUCCCUGCUGAAAGG